AUGUCAAAUAUCAGCUUGGUACGAGUUAUAAAGCCUAUUAUUUACACGAACGACGAUGGGACGAUAAUUUCUGCUCAAGUUAAUAGUAUCUACAAGUUGAUAAAGAAGGCAAAUGAUGAAUGGUGGUACGUGGAAUCGAAAGAUGGGGGUUAUUUUUACCUACCGACAGACCGUAUAGAGGAAUUUCGAGCCGGUAUAGAGAGUGAUCGACCGAAAAAAAAUUCUACGGAUGAUGCUUCAAAAGAACAACGAAUUACAAAUACUGAUUAUGAUGAGGAUGUAGAAUCUUUUGAUGAAAAAAUCCCUCGAACUUACUCUGGUAGUCAGAAAAAACGUCCAAACUGGCAUAAAAAUGAAGCUGAAGUAAACCCUCAGGUGAAUCGUGGCCGAAAAACUAACGAUGAUAUGCUUAUAGAGAAUCGUUUUCGAAGUAAAGAUUAUCACCAAUUACGGAGUCUACACGAUGAUUCUGCUCGCGCGAACAGCAUGAGAAUUCCAAAAGCAUCCAAUGCACGCUCAUUAUCGCCUGCGAUGGAAGGAAGAAAUACUAGAUCUAAAAAUAUUGAUCAAAGCGAUCGUCAUGAAAAUAUGCCAUCUGCUGUAGAUUACGAACAUAUUACAGAUUUUAAAUCCCUGGCGGAAGAAGCGAAAGAAGAAACUGGGCGAAGGGAUAAGAGAGAAGUUACUGAUGCCAGAAAUACCAAAGAACGAAGAGAUAAUUCUGCGGAUGAGUGGUACGGUUGCCGUGAUAACCAAGAUAGAACCUAUUACUAUAACUCUGACAGAUCGCAAUCGAAAUGGGACUUACCAGAUAUAAGAUUACUGCAAGGAGAGCGGGUCAUGGUAGCACCUAUAAGCAAAGAAGAACCGGACGAUAUCGUUGAAAAUUUUGAAGAAGAUGAAAUAUAUCAAACAUCGGCUGAUACCCUAGCUUUGGCAAACAGUGGAAUAGUUACGCGUAAGAAGUUAUUGGAUGUAGGGAAAGUCAGAGUCAAAAAAAUGUCAUGGAUUCCAUUGUAUGUAGAACUACGAGGAUUUUAUUUGGUGUUCUAUAAGGAUGUCAAAUUAGCUAAGAAAGUCAUGUCAGCUUUUUUGGAUAAGCAAGAAAGUAAAUGUGAUAUUCGGGGAGCCGGAAUUCUCUUAGAUUGCAGUUUUAGCAAAAAAAAGAACGUUAUGCUGAUUGCGUGUCAGUCCGGUUUAGUAUUCAUGCUACAUUUUGAUAGAAGAGGAGAGAAAGCGGAAUGGUUCCAGAAAUUGGAUGAACAUAUACGGAAAUAUAGUCGAGGACAUCGGACUGAUCCAGUGGAAUAUAUUGAUGGCGAUGGUCUAAAUGAAGUAGCAGAAAUAUACAAUGAAAGUGAACAAUCUUUUGAACGAUUGCGGAUGAUGCUUAAAAGACUUUUAGCACGUCGGCCUCCAGUUGAUGUAUUAAAACAAAAAGGCAUCUUAAGAGAACAAAUAUUUGGUUGCCCACUUGAUUCCCUUUGCGAGCGUGAACAAGGAUCUGUUCCUUUAUUCGUUCAAUUAUGUCUAUCCCAGAUUGAGAAAUAUGGUUUGGAUAACGAAGGCUUGUAUAGAGUUGGCGGUAAUAUGGCGUUGGUCAACAAGAUAAAAUAUAUGGUUGAUCAAGAAUUAAAGCUGGAUCUGGAGGACGAUUUAUGGAAAGAUGUUCCAGUACUAACAAGUGCUAUUAAAUUAUACUUUCGAGAACUGCCGGAAUCCUUACUUUCGAAAUCGUUAUUUGACGAUUUUAUUAUAGCUUUAAGUAUAAUUGCCAUCUGCUUCUAA